AUGAAAGAUGAGGUAUGUCCUAAUGAGUAUUUCAGAAAUUUGUGGGAGAAUUUGCUAAAAACAGAACAGAACAAUAUUUGUGGAUUGAUCGAGUCAGUGGAUUCAAAUAAAUUCCGAGAAGAAGUAUGGAUUAGAAAAGAUGCAAAAAAAGAGAAGAAUUUAGGUGGAGGCAUUACCAGAAUAUUGGAAAAUGGAAAUGUAUUUGAAAAGUGUGCCGUUAAUUAUUCUUGUGUAUAUGGUUCAAUAGAUAGAGAAGCAGCAAAACAAAUGUGCGUUAAUCAGUACAAUAAGGAAUAUAUUAAUACGACAAAAAUAUGUCAUUCGGAUGAUAUAAAUUCAAUAAUUACCAAAGUAAUGAAUUCCAAUAAUAUUAGAAAUAUAAAUGAAAAAUAUAAAUACUACGCUUCAGGUAUCUCUAUAAUUGCACACCCAGUUAAUCCUAAUGUGCCAUCGAUACAUUCAAAUUUUCGAUUCUUUCAAAUAUUUAUCAAGACGGGGAAAAAAAAAAAAAAAAAUUUUAACAGCUCAUCCCAUAGAGAUAGUAACAAAAAUGGGAAUAUAAAUAAUAUCUCAAAUGGAAAUACAAAUAAAAAUAAUUAUGUCAAAAGUAAAAUUGAUAGCAAUUAUAAAAGUUUAAAACAUUGGUUUGGAGGUGGUUGUGACUUAAGCCCUUGUUAUAUUUUUCCUGAACUGUUCAUAAAUUUCCAUCAUUCAUUUAAAUUAGUAUGUGAUAAAUAUAAUCAUUUAUUUUAUAAAUAUUUUAAAAUAUGGUGUGAUUUAUAUUUUCGAAUUAAACAUAGAAAUAUAAAUAGAGGAAUAGGAGGAAUAUUUUUUGAUAAUUUAUUAGAUAAUAAUAUAAAAACAGGAAAAAUUACAAAAACUGGGAGAUUUAUAAAAGAUCAUUGUUAUAACAACAAUAGUACAACUUGUAGUAGUACUAACAAAAAGCAGAUAAACGGAAAUAAAGAUUGUAAAUGUUAUAGCUGUAAUUCAAUAAUGGAUAAGAGUUACCGUAUGAUUUAUUUUUUUAUUCAAGAAUGUAUUAUAAUUCUUCGUAAAACAUACUUUUACAUUUUAUCACAGACAGUAAACUGUAAAUAUGAUGACAAUAUGAUUAACUGGCAAAGGGUCUGUAGGGGUAGAUAUGCUGAAUUCAAUUUAAUAUAUGAUAGAGGUACAAAGUUUGGAUUACAACUUAUUAAUUUUAAAACGUAUAGAAAGAAAAAAAAAAGAGAAAAUGCAGAGGAUUAUUCAUCCACUACUUAUUUAAAAGAUGAAAUUUUCGAUGAACAAAAUUCAGAUUAUUUGUCAGAUGAACAUGAAAAAAUUGACAAUGUGUUUGCUUCCUUGCCAUUAAAAUGCGAUUUUUUUUAUAAAUAUAAAAUUGUAAAAUAUUCAAGGGAAUAUGAAACAUUGCAGAUUUUAAAACAUCCAAAAAAAUGGGUUGAAUACUGA